AUGCAUAUUAAGGGAAAGACAUUAGCAGUGUUAAAUCCUUUGGCAAGUCUGGAUGAUCAUAUAAUGGAUGAUAGUGAUUUGGCUGGGCCAAUUCUAUUUUGUCUUCUUUUUGCCACUUUUCUUUUAUUGAGUGGUAAAAGGCAUUUUGGUUAUAUAUAUGGUGUUGCGCUUCUCGGUUGUAUUUCUCUUCAUACAAUCUUUUCUUUGAUGUCCUUACGUGGCUUACACUUUUCGCGUACUGCAUCAGUCCUUGGUUAUUGUCUUUUACCUUUGGUUCUUACUUCUGCUUGUGGUAUUCUUAUAUCCAUGGAUGGACUUGUUGGAUAUAUUGUUUCAUCCAUUGCUAUUGCUUGGUGCACUUAUAGUGCUAGUGCUAUGUUUGUAGCAGCUUUUCAACUCAAUGAAAUGAGGUUUUUGGUCGCUUAUCCUGUAGCAUUGUUUUAUUCUGUUUUUGCUGUUAUGACUGUCUUUGCAGAGAAAAAUGUCUCUCUUAAAUCUUAA